AAAGAAAAUGGUCGACAGACAGGUACUGUGCGCACGCGCUGUGUCAGUGAGUUGAAUAAGAGGGUCAACAGACAGGGACUGGGUGACAUGCGCGGGUUUUGUAGAAAACGCAAAGAAUCAUGAAUUGCGUUUCCAGCCGCAGUUUCUUGCAGCGGAGAAUACUAAUUACAAGUACCUCAUAACGGAAAAACCCCGCGAUGACUGCUGAGUUCCCGCGGUCCCUAGGGCAUCCCGGACUGGCUGCGAUCUACUCUGCUUCCAGGAGCUGACCUGGCGCGGCACGGAUGUCUGUCUCCCGGGUAACUGGUCUCAGCAUGAGCCAAGCCCAGGCUGUCUAUCGGGAGAUCCCACCUGUCACGUUGCAGCUCCACGAGGAGAGCGCCACUGCCAGGCUGUACAGCAGCGCUGCAGACGGGAUGGAGGCCCGGAUAUCCGCCUUGGUGGAGGUCUUCUUGGUCAAGGUGUAUCGCUGCAGGGCUUGUCAAUUUACCAGCGGCCUGAAGGACAGGAUCACCGCACAUGUGACUGAGAGGCAUGACCGGGGACAUCCCUGCCCUCCCCUGAGCUGCCUGGACAGGGACGAGGGUGACAGCCUGGACGUGAAGGUGGGGGUUGCAGAGGACGAUCUGGAUAGCUGCGCUUCGGCCUACGACCUGGAGGACGAGCUGCACUCGGCUGCAAAGGAACGCGAUGAGCACUUGGCUUUGGACCGUUUGCCUUUUCUGAUGCCUGUCUACGGCAUGCUGCAGAACAUCAGUCCCAGGUCAUGUGACAUGAGCCUGGGCCCUGGCGCCGAAGUCGCCCACACAUGUGAGGUGAGCACUCUUUUUGAGGAGGAAGAGGGGGAGAGCUUGGGAGAGGAGGCAGCCCGCUUCCACUUGGAGGAUAGCAGCGCGGUUGAGCUGCCCGAACCCCUGUCCUGUUCCAUGGGGUCAGUCAGCCCCGAGGCUCAGGAUCAGGAAGCCCAGUCGGCUCACCUCAUGUCCUUGGGGCUGUACAGGAUCUCCAGCAUCAAGUGUCACUCUCAGCCAGUAGCCCCAGAGUCCAGGGCAACCUCAGUGCAGCUGGGUCAAGACGGCUCUGAGUCUGCCGAAAAAGCCUCAGUGCCGGGGAAAGCCAGAGAGGACCCCGUACUGUCAUGCAUCCCUACACAGAACCUCAAGGGCCGCAGAAGUGAGCCGGGCCUCGCUCCCUCCUUGUCUGGACGGGCAGCGGAACAGUAUUCAGAGACGGAGUGUCACUGGAGGGGAUGUAGUAAGCCCGACCGGAUCCGUGCCGGCAUCCCUCAGGAUUUCCAGCAGCGGCACCGCCAUGGAUCUGGCCCAGCCUUGGCCCAGUGUGCGCGCUGCCUGGCCUGGUGCCGCUCCGAGCGGGAGUUCGAGCAGCAUGACCGCUGUCACGUCCAGGGCGGGUUCCGGUGCCUUCACUGCAGCUUCACAGACGAGGCUUGGGAGGAGGUUCACAAACACAUCGUCAGUCAGCAUGAAGUUCCGGAGGCGGCGCGGCAGCAUGGCGGCGGAAGCCAGUCACCCCCGCCUCACGACCCUCCUGAGCUGGAACAGGAAAGGGGGAGGAAGAGGGUGAAGAGGAGGCGGCGGAGGCAGCGGGAGGGGAGGAAGGUCAGGGGGGCGAGGGAUUUCUACUGCCCCCUGUGUGACAGAAAGUUCAGCACUAAGUUAACCCUGCACCGGCAUAUGGGCAUCCACCAGGGAGCAAAGCCCUUUGGCUGCCCGCACUGCCCCUACAGCUCCCGCCUCAAGGCCUCGCUGGUUCAGCACCUUCGCGUGCAUACAGGUGAGAAGCCGUUCCAGUGCAGCCGCUGCUCCUACGCAUCCAUUGACCGCAGCUCCCUGCUGAGGCACUCACGCAGACACACACAGGAGAGGCCACACCGCUGCCAGCACUGCCCCUACAGCAGCAUCCAGAAGAAGAGCCUGGACCUACACGUGCGCCGCUACCACACGGGGGAGUCCUUCCCCUGCCCCCAAUGCUGCUACUCGACUCCAGACAGGCAGCUCCUGCUGCGUCACGUGCGGAAGCAGCACGCCUCCAAGUCGCCCCCGCCACCCGCCCGCCCCCGCCGUCCACGGGUCCCCACAGGAGGCCUGCCCCCGGCCUGAAAUAACACCUCCCCAGCCUACUGACGCCCAGGAGAAGCGCGUGAAUGUUUAUCAUCAUCAGUGUUCAUACACCACAGGCUGUGUGGACGAGUGUGAAUAUACUGGGACCUGGAUGGAGGCUCCACAAUAAUGCAUAUAAAGCUUUAAAGCUCGUUAUUUCCUUCUCAGGUCAUGUUUCAUUGUUCUUUUUUCCUCAUAGGUUAUGCGGUAAGAGGUGUGUUCAACGACUCCACUUUUUAGUGGAGUAGACAUGUGCUGGACUGAGGUUUUUUUUGUAUUUUUUUUGUAAAAAAUUAAAGUUUCUGAACCGGUUUUUGACCAUUUU